GCCUGGGACGCCCAAUCCUGGUACUUGGUGUCAUAUUUCUUCCCGUCACGGCAUGUGGGUAGUGCUCCCGUCCCGGCACCUGUGGUCAGUCAGCGCCCUCACGACGCCAUCGGCGUUCACCGAACCCGACCAAACCGAUGCAUAAGCCCCGUAAGGCUGAACUGGGCCGCGACCCUGCCUUCAGCGUGUGUCAGGCAAAUGACGUGAAGCCUGCCUGGCUGCCUGUGCCUGGUGCUGGCUACAAAAAGCCAGACCUGGACCCGUAGAGCGGUUGGAUGCAUUUACAUGUGUCUAGCCAGUCACUCUCAUCUCCCUCCAUCCAGGGGUAAUUUACAGUCCAUUUCGAAAUCAUUUCUGCUUUUCCCUUCACAUCUUCACAAUGGUCCGCAUCCAAGGCGUCCAGGGCAUGCAGUAUCUGCGUGACGGCACGGCAGCCGAGAAACGCGACUAUGCAUUCUUCAACGAGCAAUACGCAACAUCCUCGCACGGCGAGGAGCAUGACAUGCACCCCAGCGCCAUCAUCCAGCCCAAAGACGACGAGGAUGUAAUCAGGGCGCUCCGCUGGGCCGUCGAGAACAAUGUCGCCGUGGCCAUCAAGUCUGGCGGCCACCAGUACAGUGGCGCAUCGUCAACCAGCGGCAAGAACAUCCAGCUCGACCUCGGUAGCACAUACAAGGACCUCAUGGUCAUCGAGCCAACUAACAAGCUCGAUGCUGGGCGGACACUUGUCUAUGCUGGAGUCAGCAACAAGCUCAAAGACUUCAACGAGUACCUCACACACAACGGCCUCUUUGUGCCCCAUGGCCAGUGUGCAUCGGUAUGCAUCGGCGGACACGGACAGACGGGUGGCGUUGGCCAGAUGGGCCGCGGCUUCGGCCUGUUUGGCGACCACAUCCGGACAAUUCGCAUGAUCUGCCACGACGGCGUGAUCCGCGACAUCACCAAGGAAUCUGACCCGGAGCUCUUCUUUUCCAUCUGCGGCGGCAGCCCAGGAAACUUUGGCAUCAUCACCCACUACACACUGGAAGUCUACCAGGCCUCGCACUACAUGGGCACCGUGGCCGGUCCCAACGGCUUCAAAGGCCCCCACGGAAUCAAGGCGCUCUGGAUAUAUUCGGAGCCCAUUCUGCGGCGGCUGCUCAACUUUGUUGCCGAGAUGGCUGAUGACGACUCCGUGCCACGAGGCUUUGACCUCUGCGUGAGCGUCAUGAGCACAGAGUUCCCCAUCACAUACCUCUUCCCCACCCUCCGGGACGCGCAUGUUUGGGAGAAGAUCCAGGACAAGAUCAAGCAGCACUUUGCCGACGAGUUCCUGACCUGGCUGAACGGCAGCUUCCCCGCGAGCAUCAUCCUGUACGCCUCGUGGUGCCCGACCUCUCCGACAGACAAGUACGACGAGUCCGUCGAGGCGUGGUUCGAAAAGUUCCGCGAGCUCAAGGGCUUCUUCGGCAACGAGUCGCUGCUCUUCUCCGAGUUCGACGAGGACAUGGCGCAGAUGUCGGGAAAGUGGAUCAUGGACAAGGAGCGCGAGUUUGAGCUGCCGUACGUCAAGCGCGCGUACACGACCGCCUCAAAGACGCUCGUCAAGGACAACUGGGUCGACGCGGUGGUGGACCGUAUCGACCUCAUCUACAACGAGAAGCACUUUCUCGACUCGAACGAAGGAGACGACGACUACGAGCAGUACCUUAGCAACAAGCUCGUCGCGCAGAUCCAGGUCUACGGCGGCAAGCACUCGCAAUUCCGCGCCAACAAGGACAACGGCACGAGCUAUGCCUGGCGGGACUCUAGGAUCACGCAGGUGCUCGACUGCUUUUACGAGCCGAACCCCAAGGCCAAAGCCAUGGCGGAGGCGUGGCAGGCAAAGAACGACGAGGUCAUGACCGGGCCGGACAGCUCCUUCAGCAAGAACGCCGAGCGCGCGACGCUGUGGGGCUCGUAUGACUGGGACCUGGGCGACGAGAAGAUCUGGCGCAAGUACUACGACAGCAAGGAGGUGUACGAGCGGAUCGGGCGUGCUAGAGGCAAGGCGGACCCGAACGGGACUUUUACGCCGAACCCUUUCUCGGUCAAGAGGAUUUUGUAAAGAGCUCAUUGGACAAACGUUCGAUCGUGUACCUGAUAUUUCACUAGCAUUAGAUCUCCCUUUAGCAGUCAUCCCGAGCAGGCCUCGCAACUCGCCUUCGAGCCUGUUCCGCAUAAUCCCAAUAUUUAGAUGUAUAGAAAGCUAUAGGUGCAGGAGCCAUGAUGUUGGUGUGUGCCGAGAAUAAUAAGCCCGUGA